CGCACUCUGCCAGAUUCGGGCGCCCCGCGAAGGGAAAUUUUUCGUCGGCGCAAAAAAAGGGGAGUUUUUAUUUUCCUCCCGGUGCCGGACGUUCCUCCCGGGAGGCAGCGGCGGCAGGAGUAGGAGGACGGAGAGCGGGGGCCAGGCCCGGAAUUGACCCGGGAGAGAUUCCGCCGCCUGCGGCCUGGAUGCUCAGCACUCGGCAGGGCUGCAGUAAGGAGGAAAGCUGGAUGUGUGAAAUGGUAUCAUGGACCUAUGAACUGUGCAGCUCUGGCUGAAUAAUGUAAAACUCAGCCUAUUGAUGGGAGAAUCACCUGUCCGUUAAAAGUCCAUUUGGCCAUCUUGCUGCCAACAUGGAUGAGCAGCAAGCUCUUAACUCCAUCAUGCAAGAUCUAGCUGUGCUCCACAUGGCUAGCCGACCUCUCCUGCCAUUGACUGAUGCAGGGAAACCGAAGACCACCAUGUCCAGUAAUCAGAAUGAUAUUCGAGUCAAGUUUGAAUACCGUGGUGAGAAAAGAAUCCUUCAGUUUCCCAGGCCAGUCCUCCUUGAAGAUAUUGCCACUAAAGCCAAGGUUGCCUUUGGUCAGCCGAUGAGCCUGCACUACACCAAUAAUGAGUUAGUGAUCCCUCUGACCACACAGGAUGAUCUGGAUAAAGCCAUUGAACUCCUGGAUCGCAGUGUGCAUAUGAAGAGCCUAAAGAUUUUGUUGGUGCUUCAAUCAAACAACCAGGUAACAAACCUCAGCAAUGUGGAGGCAUUACAAACGCUGGAUGAUUUGGACAAUGGCUCAGUCUUUGUAGGUGUGGAGAGGAAAAACAAGCUGUCGUUGAUAGUUUCGCAUACACCCGAUCGGAGCUCACCGCCACCUGGGUACAUUCCAGAUGGGCAGCAGCAGGUGGCACGAAAUGGAUCCUAUACUAGCAUCAACAGUGAAGGCGAAUUCAUUCCCGAAAGCAUGGACCAAAUGUUGGACCCACUGUCGAUGAGCAGCCCUGAGAAUUCAGCAUCAGGGAGUUGUCCAUCUCUGGACAGUCCGUUAGACAGUGAUAGCUAUCCUAAAUCUUGGAUGCCCAGGGCACAGAGCUAUCCAGAUAAUCAUCAAGAUUAUUCAGAUUGUGAUAUUCCAACGUUUGAUAAAAUUGGGAAAGGUGGGACAUAUCCACGAAGAUAUCACAUCUCCUACCAUCACCAUGACUACAGUGACGGUCGUAAAACGUUCCCCAGGGCAAGAAGAACUCACGGAAAUACUUUCCGCUCACCCGUCAACUUCAGUCCCACAGAGCAUUCCCUGAGCACCAGCAGCGGGAGCAGUAUUUUCACCCCGGAGUAUGAGGACAGCAGGAUGAGAAGAAGGGGAAGUGACAUCGACAACCCAACACUGUCCGUCAUGGACAUCAGCCCCCCCAGCCGUUCUCCAAGGGCGCCGACAAAUUGGAGACUGGGCAAGCUGCUGGGCCAAGGGGCAUUUGGCAGGGUCUAUUUGUGCUAUGACGCUGACACAGCAAGAGAACUGGCAGUGAAACAAGUUCAGUUCGACCCAGACAGCCCUGAGACCAGCAAGGAGGUGAAUGCUCUUGAAUGUGAGAUCCAGUUAUUAAAGAAUCUGCACCAUGAAAGGAUUGUCCAGUAUUAUGGCUGUUUGAGAGACCCUCAAGAGAGAACUCUUUCUAUCUUUAUGGAGUAUAUGCCGGGGGGUUCAAUAAAAGACCAGCUGAAGGCCUAUGGUGCUCUUACAGAGAACGUGACUCGCAGGUACACUCGUCAGAUCCUGGAAGGUGUUUCUUACCUGCACAGUAACAUGAUUGUGCACAGAGAUAUAAAAGGAGCAAAUAUUUUACGGGAUUCUGCUGGUAAUGUUAAAUUGGGAGAUUUUGGCGCCAGUAGAAGGUUACAGACUAUCUGUCUGUCAGGGACAGGCAUGAAAUCGGUCACUGGCACACCGUACUGGAUGAGUCCAGAAGUGAUCAGUGGUGAAGGUUAUGGCAGAAAAGCAGAUAUCUGGAGUGUUGGUUGCACAGUUGUGGAGAUGCUCACUGAAAAGCCCCCUUGGGCUGAGUUUGAAGCCAUGGCAGCCAUCUUCAAGAUCGCCACUCAGCCGACGAAUCCUCAGCUGCCACCUCAUGUGUCAGACCACAGUCGGGACUUUUUGAAAAAGAUAUUUGUGGAGGCAAAGCAGAGGCCGUCAGCAGAGGAACUGUUGCGCCACACUUUUGUGCACUAUCACUAGCAACUAACCUCAACAUCUGAUGCAUUUAUUUUCUAUCUGAUUGCACUUUUUCAAUGUAUAAUUUUGGUGAUUCUAGGUGUUUCCUAGGUUGUAAUUUAUACUUAAAUUUGUAUUUAUAAUGAGACUUUUUUGCAUUCUCAUAAAGGGAAUGAUCAGAAGGUUUUUUACAGUGUAUUCACACAGUACUCUGAUGUUCUUCAAGGUAAAGCACUUUAUUACAUAACCCAUUCCUGAUUAUUCAUCGUCUAAUGUAGUGUAUCAGGUCCUACUCCCCAUUAGAAGUAUGAAUUUAUUUGCCAUUUGUAAGUAGCAGAGACUGAGCCUCUCUAAGUGUGUCGAACCUGCAGUAUAUAAAAUAGACUGUUAUGCAAAUAAUUUCAGCAAUGGUCGCCUGUUGCAGAAUGUCUACCAGGGUGUUUUCAUAUAACCUAAAGCCAAGAAACCCAGCAGGACUGCUCUUAGUAUUCUAUCACUGCAGAGAACUUUGAAUUCAUAGGGCAAAGUUACAGUUGGGCUGUGUAACCCAGAUUAGCCAUCAGUUCUUCCUCCUUCAACUUCCACAUAAGCCAGUAUAGUCAGUGGUCCAGACUGACAAUGGGAAUGUCACUGUUUUCAGAGUUUGGUCUUAAAAAGUACCUGGCGUUUCUCCCUCAUUUCUCACACUUGGGACCUGCCCUCGAAAUGUUUGUCAGUUUUUUUUCCCUCUGCAGUUAGUUAACAGUCUCCACGGCCACCUUUAUACCUGUUGAAUGUGUUAUUGGCCUUCACUCUGAGGCCUAUGUGUGUUUGCUGUUGGAUCCUUUUGAAUGGGCACCUGGACAAAAAUAGAUAUUUGUCUGAGUAGCACAUAUCAAGGAUGUCUGUGUCCAAGCAAUGUGUCAAUCUCUGCAGCACUGUCUUAGGCCAAAAUGGGUGCCACUCUGUGGGCUGUGAUUUCACAUGAAGCUCAUGCUGAUGCCCUCAGCUUGGACCUGCACUCCAGGACAUUAUACUCCCAACCAUGGCUCGUAGGGUGGCCCAGAACUUCCAAGUACUUCAUGUUUAAGGCGUUAUCCGAGCUUAAUUAAUCUCAGGAAUAAACGGUGCUGAAACAUUAGCCACCAAAUUACACUUCCACUUUUUGUAGGUAUCAUUUGAUUAAUGUUUACAGAUCUUUCAUAUUGCUUUUUGGAUGGAAUCAAGGCCAUUUUGAAAUCUAGGUACUUCGUUUUUGUUUUUUGGUAAUGAAUCAGCCCACCUCUUGGGAGAAAGUUCCUGAUCCAUGGCUGUUACAAUACUCCUGCCAGGCUGCCUGUGUUAUCUGCUGGUUGCUACAGUCCCAUUGCUGGCACCAUCAUCAGCACAAGGACUGUGGUGGUUUCAGAAGGCCCACAAGUGCUUCAGGACAGCUCGGGAUCACUGAGCCAGUUCCACCCAUGUCCUGAGGCUAAUUUAUAAAAAGUCCCAUCGCUGAGCAGAGCUGACUCUCUGGGACAUAGCCUUACUUAAUUUUGAUCAAAAUUGUGUCUUGGGCCAAUAUUUUGAAGUUAGUGUAACUGACACUUUACCCUCUGCAGCUGCUUUCUGCAAUUUGUGCACUUCUACAAAACAGAGUUCUUCUAAUUUUGACAGCGUUCAUUUUACGUGAGUUCAGUAAUUCAGUGCUCCAGGAUUGGUUUUACAUCUUGGGUUAGCCAUCUCUCAUUUUCUAGUUUAAUGCAUCAUUAUGUGGAGGUUGAACAAAUCAGGAAGAAUAUUUGAUGAGCUACUCACAAUGUGGUAAUCCCAUGAUUGGAAUCUAGUCCAUCCUUUGCAUCAAAGAUUCCCUUUCUGCCUCUUUAAACCAAACUGUGCUGCAUUUUUCCAUGUCCCCUCAGACCCCAGUCUGUUAGUUCCGGCAGUCCUCUCAGAUCUCUGCACUCCUCUAAUCCUGGAUUGUUGUCCUCUCCCAAGUUUACAUUGCUCCACUCACCUUUGGAUGCCUGGGCCCCAAGCUCUGGAAUUUUCUUCCCAAUCCUCUCCAAAUUCCCCCCUCUCCCAUUCUUUAAAGUAGUCCAUUUAGACCCUAUUUCAAUAUCUCCAUGGGUGGCUACAUAUCAAAUUUUACUUGAUGGUCACUCCUGGAUGCACCUUGGGAUGCAUAAAGGUGCUAUAUAAAUGCAGAUUCUUGAUUAUGUCUUUUGAUUUGGCAACCUGGUUCAAAUGCCACGGCCUUUCUAAAGAACCGAGUUACGUCCCAGAAUAAGCUGCUGUGUUGAACAGCGUCAUGGGGAAGGCGGAGCGACGACACACAGCUGAUACAAUACCUCUAACACUUCACGUUCACUUUUCUCUUCCCCUGUGCUUCCUUUCCACUCCUUUUGAGGACCUGUUUGUUUGGAUGUGAAGGUGGGACUAUUUUCCAAGAAUGUGGAAGAUUUGCCAAAUACAUGAGUCUGAUCUCGAUGUACGGGCAGGAAAUUUACCUCUGGUCUUAUUAGUGCAGAGCAGCACAAAGCAUUAUAACAUAAAAGGUACUACAGAGGCACAUAGAGAUGUUAGUUGUUCUCCCUUGUCUAACCAAGUGUCUCACAAACAUGGAGGAUAAUUGAUCAUUGUAGGUGGCCAAAUAGUGAAUGUAAACAAGUUUAAUUCAUUAAGUACAGCAGUCAACCAGUAGCUUAAAGAGGAAAAGCAGGUUAAUAUUUCAAUGGGAUUUUCUUUUCCCCAACGCCUGUUUAAUCCAGUCAGUUUGCCAAAAUAUGGUCAGCAUCUAUUCUAAACCAAAUGAGGUGAGCGAUC